GAACCGUUGAGGCCCAGUGACACUUUUAGAUGUUAAGAAAAGCCCAAGUCCAGCCCCCCUCUCCAGCGACCUCCUCGCAACGCCUCCAUCGCUGCCUUCUUUCUCUCUUUAAUUGACCAAUCUCAGCGGGAUAAAAUUCUCUUCUACCUCUUCACAAAUCCGACCUCUCCCUCUAACUCCUUUCUAUCUCCUGAUCCUUAUGUCGACAACAGCCCACAAGUAAUUGCCGUUUCCGUCGCCUCCCUCGUCUCACAACAACAGCCGCCCGUCUCCCCUCCAUCUCUCACACAGUGGCCAAGCCGAGGCUCGUCCCAAUUUUGACGGGAAUAGGUCAAUUCCAUUCUAUUGUUGUUAGAGUUUUUGAAUCCGACUCUACACAUAAUUUGUCCCUCCCCUUCCGAAGGUUGAGGUGUUUAACACAAUGAGUGUGAGAUGGCCAAGGCUUUUGACACCCACUCAUCUCUCACAGCUAAUACGUAGCCAGAAAAACCCAUUAAAGGCUAUGGAUAUUUUCAAUGAAGCAAAGACAAGAUAUCCAAGUUACCGCCACAAUGGUCCCGUGUAUGCUACCAUGAUCAGAAUGCUGGGGAGCUCAGGGAGAUUGACUGAAAUGAAAGAAAUUGUUAAUCAGAUGAAAAGGGACUCUUGUGAGUGCCAAGAUUCACUUUUUGCCGGCAUAAUCAGAACUUAUGCCGAUGCUGGUUUGUUUGAUGAAGCUUUUUCUCUAUUCAAUAGUCUUCCUGAAUUCAACUGUGUGAAAUAUACAGAAUCUUUUAAUACUCUGUUGGAGAUAAUGGUGAAGGAAUCCAAGCUAGAAGCAUGUUAUCACUUUUUUGUGGAGAAUUGUCAUGGUUGGGAAAUCAAGUCUCGAACCCGUCCCUUGAAACUGCUCAUGGCUGCUCUUUGCCAGAUACACCGUUCAGACCUUGCACUUCACGUAUUCCAAGAAAUGGGCCAUCAGUGGUGCUAUCGUGAUAGGGAUACGUAUAGGAUCUUGAUGAAGGGUUUGUGCGAAGACGGAAGAUAUACUGAGGCAACUCAUUUGCUGUAUUCUAUGUUUUGGAGGAUUUCUCAGAAGGGUUGUGGUUCGGACGUGUCCAUAUACAGAAUGCUAUUGGAGUCUCUAUGUGACAAUGGACAGGCCGGAGAGGCUGUGGAAGUGCUCGAGAAGGUCUUGCUAAAAGGCCUUCGGGCUCCAAAAAGAUACAUGAAGCAGCUCGAUUUAAGUGAGUUCCGCUACAGAGGUGAUGUCAAAGCUUUGAUCAACGAGGCUCUGAUCAGAGGUGGAGUUCGAAGCUCAGAUGGUUACAAGGCCAUGGCUAUCGACCUCUACUCAGAAGGAAACAUUGCUGAAGGUGACAAGGUGCUCAGCGAAAUGCACAAGAAAGGCUUCAAACCAUCUUUGCCAAUGUACGAGGCGAAGAUAGCAGCAUUAUUCAACGCAGGCAAGGUGGAUGAAGCAAUGCACGUGGCCAGCAAGGAAAUGAUCGAGAAUGACUGUGUUCCAACUGUGAGGUUACACAACAUCGUGAUAAGAGGACUCUGCAGCACGAGAGAAUCAACCCGAGCUAUCAGGUACUUGGAGAAGAUGUCUAGACAAAUUGGCUGUGUUCCUAAUAAAGAGACCUACUCCUACCUUGUUGAUGGAUUGUGUUGUGAUGGUAAAUACGUCGAAGCUAGUCAGAUGUUGGAGAAGAUGUUGAUCAACGCGCACUGGCCUGGCGAAGAAACAUACAAUAAGAUCAUCAAGGGACUUUGCUUAAUGGGGGAGACAUACAGAGCUGUAAUGUUGCUGGAGGAGAUGAUUAGCCAAGCUAAAAUCCCUCAACUUUCUGUUUGGUAUUCAUUAGUAUCUUCUGUUUGUUGUGAGAGCCACCGCAGUGAUGAUUUGUCUGUAAAACUAGAUCACUUAUAGAAAUGGCUUGCUUUUCUUGAAAA